UCCCGCUUCUCGGCGGGAAUGGGGGGCGGCUACAGCAGCGGUUACACUUGCAACCUGGGCGGGGGUUUUGGGUCCAGCUUUGGCGUGGCUGAUGCCCUACUGGGGGGCAGCGAGAAGGAGACCAUGCAGAACCUCAACGACCGCCUGGCCUCCUACCUGGAGAAGGUGCGCGCCCUGGAGGAGGCCAAUGCCGACCUGGAGGUGAAGAUUCGAGACUGGUACAAGAAACAGGGCCCCGGGCCUGCCCGAGACUACAGCCAGUACUUCAAGAUCAUUGAAGACCUGCGGAGUAAGAUCCUGGCAGCCACCAUUGACAAUGCCAGCCUCGUGCUGCAGAUCGACAAUGCCCGCCUGGCUGCUGAUGACUUCCGUACCAAGUAUGAGACGGAGCUGAACCUGCGCAUGAGCGUGGAGGCCGACACCAACGGCCUGCGCCGGGUGCUGGACGAGCUGACCCUGGCCAGAGCCGACCUGGAGAUGCAGAUCGAGAGCCUGAAGGAAGAGCUGGCUUAUCUCAGGAAGAACCACGAGGAGGAAAUGAAUGCCCUUCGUGGGCAGGUAGGCGGGGACGUCAGCGUAGAGAUGGACGCUGCCCCUGGCGUGGACCUGAGCCGCAUUCUGAACGAGAUGCGUGAGCAGUAUGAGAAGAUGGCAGAGAAGAACCGCAAAGACGCUGAGGACUGGUUCUUCAGCAAGACCGAGGAGCUGAACCGCGAGGUGGCCACCAACACGGAGGCCCUGCAGAGCAGCAGGACGGAGAUCACGGAGCUCCGCCGCACGGUGCAGAACCUGGAGAUCGAGCUGCAGUCCCAGCUCAGCAUGAAAGCCUCGCUGGAGGGCAGCGUGGCGGAGACCGAGGCGCGCUACGGGGCGCAGCUGGCGCAGCUGCAGAGCCUCAUCGGCAGCAUCGAGCAGCAGCUGUGUGAGCUGCGCUGUGACAUGGAACGUCAGAACCACGAGUACCAGGUGCUGCUGGACGUGAAGACGCGCCUGGAGCAGGAGAUCGCCACCUACCGCCGCCUGCUGGAGGGCGAGGACGCCCACCUGGGGAGAUACAGGCAGGGCUCCUGUCUGAGGCCUCCUGUGCCCGCAGCCACCAUGACCAGCCGCCAAGUGCGCACCAUUGUGGAGGAGGUCCAGGACGGCAAGGUGGUCUCCUCCCGCGAGCAGGUGCACCGUUCCACUCACUGA